UUUUUUUAAAGCUAUUUCUAGACAUAAACUAAAUUAUAAAUUUAAUAGUUUAUUUUAUAUUUUCUUGUCACUUAAUAUUAAAUAGCUUAUAAUGUACAUACUGAAUUAUUCAAUAAUCUGUAUACUGUUUGUUUUCUGUCAGCAAGUACAGCAAAUCGUUGGGAUUUCAAGAGCGUCCAAUGAACUUAUUUCGAGUCCCAUUAUGCUGACUGUUAAUGAAAACAAAAUAAUACAACAUAAUGAGUUGCCAGAGGUGACAAACGAGGUCUCAGUAUCGCUAUGGCUCAAUAUUAAAAUGCGUGAUAUUUCUUGGUCUUGUGUUUUUCACAAAGGUGGACAAGAUUUAGUUCGUACGCCCUCUCUCUGGCUGACUCCAGCCAAAUCAGCGCCGCAUGUUCGUUUCUCGUUAAACGAUAAUUCAAAUGCUGGAAUUGAUUCGGUCGGUAGCGGGCUUCUUUUGAACAAAUGGUAUCAUUUAGCUUACACACUAUCUGAUCCAGAGAAGAGAUCGGAUUUUUAUAUAGAUGGCAAAUGGGUUGGAUUUCAGAGCAUCCAGCCGACGGAACAAAUAGUAUUUAACGAUGCACCAUUAUACAUCGGUAACGAUACCUUCUAUAAUGGGAUCACUGGACUGAUUAGGUAUGUUGUCAUAAUAAAGUUGACAGAAUUAUAGAAUUAAUGGCCACUUUUUAUUAUUAUUAGUAAUUUUCGUUAUUUUAAUUGGCGGUUAUCUGCUGAUGAAGUGAUAAAAG